AUGGCAACUUUGAACCCUUUUGAUCUGUUGGGUGACGACGCAGAGGAUCCGAGCCAGAUCGCCGUCUCCAUCGCUGAUAAGCCCAAGAAACCUGCACCUGUUUCCGUCGUGUCUGCUAAGUCAUCUGCUCCGUCGAGGCAGCUUCCUCAACCUGUGAGAGAGGCUAGGAAUGAUGCUCCACGCGGCGGUGGACGUGGUGGUGGAGACCGAGGAUCUAGCCGUGGUGGUUACAACCGUGAUUUUAGAGGCGGUGAUGGUAACAGUGGAGGAUACAAUAAGCCCUCUGAGGAAGGGGGGGGGGGUUCAAAGCCUUUCUAUGAGAAACGUAGUGUACCUGGUGUGUAUGGCGGUGCUCCUCGCGGUGGUCGACGUGGUGAAGCUGGUGAAGGUGAACGUCCUCGAAGGACAUACGAGCGUCGUAGUGGAACUGGCAGAGGGGGUGACUUCAAAAGGGAAGAAGCUGGUCGUGGAAAUUGGGGAACAUCAGGAGAAGAACUAUUUGUCUCUUUUAGGGAGACUGAAGAAGUUGCUGGUGCUGAGAUUGAGAAGCCUGCUGGUGAUGAGGUUGCUGCUGAUGCUAAGAAGGAGAACACUGCUAACGUCGAGGAGCAGAAAGAGCCUGAGGAUAAGGAGAUGACUCUGGAUGAGUAUGAGAAAAUACUUGAGGAGAAGAAAAAGUCUCUUCAGUCUCAGACCACUUCUGAGAGGAAAGUUGAUACUAAAGUGUUUGAAUCAAUGCAACAACUCUCAAACAAGAAGUCUAACGAUGAAAUCUUUAUCAAACUGGGUUCUGAUAAGGACAAACGCAAAAACGACAAAGAAGAGAAGGCUAAGAAGGCUGUGAGCAUUAAUGAGUUUCUGAAACCAGCUGAGGGUGAGAACCACUACCGAGGAGGAGGCCGUGGUGGUGGUCGUGGAAGGGGACGUGGUGGUCGUGACCGCGGAGGUGUUUCUGGUGGUGUAUUUGAUGGUUACCGUAGUGAAGCUGCGUCUGCCAUCGGAGAUACUGCUCAGUUCCCAUCUCUUGGGGGCAAGUAA